UCUCCUAAAAAUCAUUUUAGUAGUAAAUAGGCAUUUUAGUAGGCACUCUUGAUAUAGUGUUACAUUAAAUAAUAUCACAAAGUUGCAUAUACUCGCAGAAUCAUUAAAAUAUGAAUACUAUACAAAAUACAAAGAUUUUUAGCAUUUUUAUAUGUGCUGUUAUUUGUUGCAUACAUUUUGUCGUUUCACAUAAUCGACCAUUUGAAAAAGAAGAAAUCGAAGUCGCAAGACAAAUUUAUAAUAUGCAUAAUAUUAAAAAUGAAGAACCUGAACUCUGUGAUAAUUUGCCAAGUAUUUUCAAGAAACCCGGCAAAGAUGGCGAAGAAGUGUUUUUAUACGUUUAUGACAUGUCUCGAGGAUUAUCUCAGUACAUCAGUAAAAUAUUAAAGAUUCCUGUAGAAGGAAUUUGGCAUAGUUCAAUUGUUGUUUAUGACAAGGAACAUUUUUAUAACUCUUGUGGCGUAUUUUCAUGUAAACCGAAAACUUGGCGAAUUUAUGGCGAACCUACACGCAUUAAUAUGUUAUGUAAAACUAUGUUAAACGAGGGCCAAAUUUUGGAAAUAGUGAAUAAAAUGAAGUUUAAAAAUUUUUCGUUUCAACAGUACAAUUUAAUGAAACACAAUUGCAAUAUAUUUGCAAACGAAUUAAGUAUUGCAAUAUGCAAAACCUCAUUGCCAAGUUAUAUUUUAGAUCUACCGAAAAAUAUCUCUAAAACUCAUAUUGGUCCUGUCAUUCAAUUUUUGUCUGACACUUUUGGAAAAAAUACAAAAGCCACUAAUGAUAAUUAUUAUGAUUAUGAGAAACUUACUGAGGACAUUUCCAACGAUAGUACCCUUGGUCAAGCAUUAGAACCUUUUAUGGAUUAUUUGAAAUAAACAAAUGGUCAUAUGUAAAAUAAAAAAUUUCUUGAUAAUAGUUUAGUCAAUACAAAAUCUUUGUUAUAAAAAUCAAUAAAUGUAUUAAUAUUAAUAUUUAAAAAAUUAAUAUAUAAAAUCUCAGUUUCAAAAUAUUUAAAAAUCA